CAAAUUAACUGAUGCACUUCUUUGGCGAGCACAUGAUGUUUUUUUUCAGGUUGCGCCAAUUUUGGCACUUAUUUUGAGUGUCAGCCAAGCGUGUAUGAUUCAAGUAUCAUUAGCUGAUCGCGUGCAUGAAGUUCGUUUUCUACUGGGGAAAAUCAUUUCGCCAUUGCUUGAACAUAAUUCGAAGGGUAGUAAACCUGUUGAAGGAGCUUUUGAAUGUGUUUUUAUCGAUGAAAAUCUUGCCAUGAUGAAAUCAUGUUCGAGUGUGCUGCAUGAUAAUGUCGUAUCAGCAACAGUUUUGAAUGUUCUAAUCGUGUUGCAUGUUGCACCUCUUAUAGCGUUUGGCUAUAUUUUAUUUAGAUAUCUCGUUGAAGGCCACACUGAACAUCUUUUCUUAUAUGUUGAGAAUCUUGAACAAAAGUUUGACGAACACAUAGCUCAUCCUUCAGUGAAAUAUAACGAUGGCAUAUAUCCUAUCAGGUAUGUUUAG